UCAAUGUUAACUACUAAACCUUCCAUUACACUACACCUUCUUGUCUGUUUUACCUUCUUUCCCUAUUUCAGAAAAGGUUCAUACUUGAUUAACUUGCAGAAAAAGUUGCAGAACAUUGUCUGCGGGGUCUCCUACUUAAAUGGGUUCCCUUCAAGCUUAGUGUUUUCACUUCUUCAUGUGUGAGCAUUCUGUUCUCUGAUAAAGAACAGCAACAAUGUUGAGGAAAUGGGUUUCCUUGGUUCUGAUAUUUGUGAUUCUCUCUGGGGGCUUCUCAUCAGUUUCAGCUACACCUCCUCCUGCAAAAAUUGUAACUGGGAUUGUCUCCAAUGUGGUGUCUGCUCUUGUUAAAUGGCUCUGGUCACUGAAAUCCACCACCAAAACCAGCACAGCUGUUUCUGGCCGUUCAAUGGUGAAAUUUGAGGGUGGAUAUACUGUGGAUACGGUUUUUGAUGGAAGUAAGCUUGGGAUUGAACCACACUCAGUUGAAGUAUCCCCAAGUGGGGAUCUUCUGGUUUUGGAUUCUGAGAACAGUAACAUUUACAAGAUCUCAACACCAUUAUCUAUAUAUAGCCGGCCCAAGCUCAUAGCCGGGUCACCUGAAGGCUACUGGGGGCAUGUAGAUGGGAGGACAAGAGAAGCAAGAAUGAACCACCCCAAAGGAAUGACUAUGGAUGACAGAGGAAAUAUCUAUAUUGCAGACACAAUGAAUAUGGCUAUCAGGAAGAUAAGUGAUGCUGGGGUUACCACUAUUGCUGGUGGAAAAUGGGGCCGAGGAGGUGGUCAUGUUGAUGGUCCAAGUGAAGAUGCAAAGUUUUCUAGUGAUUUUGAUGUGGUUUAUAUUGGAAGUAGCUGCUCUCUUUUGGUUAUAGAUAGAGGAAACCAGGCAAUUCGCGAGAUCCAACUCCACUAUGAUGACUGUGCUGACCACCAUGAUGGUAGUUUCCACUUAGGGGUGGCAGUGUUGCUUGCUGCUGCUUUCUUUGGUUACAUGCUGGCAUUGUUGCAGCGUCGAGUGCAAGCAAUAUUUUCAUCAGGAGAUGAUCAAACAACUGCUGCUAUAAAGAGAGCUGCAUCUAUGACUCAAUACCAGAUGCCUCCUAAAUCUGUUAGGCCCCCUUUAAUUCCAACUGAAUAUGAACCCGAAAAACCAGAUGAUGGUUUCUUUGGUUCACUUGGGAAGAUGUUUCUCAACAGUGGUUCGUCUGUUGGUGAAAUUGUUGGGGGAUUAUUUUCAUCAGGUAGAAGAAAGUCCAUCCAUUAUCAGACUCAACAGCAGUAUCAUCAAUCUCAGAGAAGUUCAAAUCCAUGGCCGGCGCAAGACAGCUUUGUGAUUCCAGAUGAUGAGCCUCCUCCAUCCCUAGAAACGAGAACCCCUACUCCAAAGAAAACCUACCCAGUCAUGACUAAAGAACUGGAGAACCCUCGCCAUUCCAAGCAAAGUCGAGCUUACUAUAAUUCAUGGGAUGGUGAAUAUAACCAACAGCAACAACAUCAAAUGCAAAUGCAAAUGCAAAUGCAGAUACAGCAACAACAACAACACCAGAUGCAUUUGCAGAUGCAGCGCCACCAGCAACAACAGCAGAAGCAACAGCAGCAUCAUCAUAGGCAUUACUCAUCAAACCCAAAGACAUACUAUGAGAGGAGCAGUGAGACUAAUGAGAUUGUGUUUGGGGCAGUUCAAGAACAAGGUGGACGUCGUGAAGCUGUGGUGAUAAAGGCUGUAGAUUAUUCUAAUCCUACGUAUAAUCACUAUAACAUACGACCACGGGGCAAUUAUACUGACUAUAGUUCCCCUGGUUAUUGAACUGAAGGAUAUCCUUCAUGUUGUAUGGGAGAUAGGUUUAUGAGAUUUUGAGCUUUACUGUGCUUCAUAUUUCCUUGUUUACAGUAGUUAGAAGUAUGUACAAGUUAAAACUUGGCAAGUUUUUUCGUUGUAUAGAUAUCUAGCUAGAGAGCCAAGGGUAGUGCUGAUUUUAUAGAUAUGGAAACAAGAUCGAAGUCUCAUGGGCAUGUCCAGUGUA